UUCAUCUUCACCGGGGCCGGAACCGUAAUCUUCUGGAACUUCAUCCGUGACGCAGACUAGCCGACGCGCCCAGGCCUCCUAGCAACCCCAAUUUCCGAUAGCGUGUCUAUGGAUACCACGACUUCCGGCCGGGUCUCACGGAAUCUUCCCCAGGUUUCGUUUGUUCUUUCAAGCACUGACUUUAAAAACCUGCGACCAUAAGCACGCAGUAACCCUCCCCGAGCCCGCGUCGCAGGCCUCCGCUAGCCAGAGCUCUCGCGACCGCUCGGGGGCCGACGCGCUGCCCCUUCCGGCCCGCAGGCUCCGCUCGGCUCUUCCCGGCGCGCUGGGCCUUCGGCUCUUUCCGGAGCCACUUGCGGCAGGCUGCGGAGGCGCUGCGAACGCGGGCUGCAGAUGUCGAACCGGCGGGCGGCUGAGGGGCCGGGCGUCUGGAGCCCCGCAGCCCGCCGAGGGCCGGCGCGCGGCGUCGGCGACGGCCCGGGAGUGGAGGGGAGCCAGGCGGCCGCCUCAGACAAUGAAGAUCUAGAAGUCACCAAGGUCACCUCUCUAGCAGCUUCUGCCUCUGAUCCAGAACCCCAUUCCUCACCCUACAGGCCACAGAUGGUAUCUCCGGUGAGGGAGGAUGCCACAGAAGAUCAGCAGAAGGCAGCCGGUGCCAUGGAGGCACAGGGCUCGGUGGAACAGGAAUUGCUGUCUGCAGACCAGGCCCAGGUCCUCAGCAAGAUGGCCAAGUACCAUGGUCUGCCAAGGUCUGGGGACAUCGUUAUGAUCCAGUCUGAGCACACAGGAGCUGUAGAUAUUCUUUCAGCUGAUUUGGAAUCUGCAGACCUUCUGGGGGACCACAGGAGAGUCUCCCCACCUCUGAUGGCUCCUCCGUGCAUCUGGACCUUUGCCAAGAUGAAGGAAUUCAAAAGCAAGGUGGGCAAAGAGAAGAACAGCCGUCUGGUGGUGAAGCGGGGUGAGGUGGUGACCAUCCGGGUACCUACCCACCCAGAGGGGAAGCGUGUCUGCUGGGAGUUUGCGACCGAUGACUAUGACAUUGGCUUUGGAGUUUACUUUGACUGGACCCCUGUAACCAGCACUGACAUAACGGUGCAGGUCAGUGAUUCCAGUGAGGAUGAGGAUGAAGAUGAGGAGGAAGAGGAGGAGAUUGAAGACCCUGUCCCAGCUGGAGACGUGGAGCGAGGCUCCAGGAGCUCCCUGCGGGGCCGCUAUGGGGAGGUCAUGCCCGUGUACCGGCGGGACAGCCACCGAGACGUGCAGGCCGGCAGCCACGACUACCCUGGCGAGGGCAUCUACCUGCUCAAGUUCGACAACUCCUACUCCCUGCUGCGCAACAAGACUCUCUACUUCCACAUCUACUACACCAGUUGAAGGCCCGCUGGGACGGUGGGUAGGCGGCAUUCACUGGCUGGAGCAGGCUGCCAGCUGGGGCCUCUUGUUUUGGAUAGGCAAGAGCUAAAAGUUGAGCGUGGGGCUCCCGACCCUCACGCCCUGGCUGGCGUGCCUGACUGUUGACCCCAUGUAGCUUUUCCCCCUCCCAGGCUUCUGCAGAUGGUGGUAUAGUGCCCCUGUUCCGCGGUCCCUGACUCACGCUCUUCUGGCUUUAGACUCCAGCAAAAUCUCUCUGUGGAGAAAACCAUCAGGCAAAAGCCUGAAAGGAAGUUGGGUGUUGCCUUUUAAAAAUAGGUUUGUUUUGGUACAAGGUGUAUUAUUUCAGUUGCUGUUCUCUUCUCUUCCAGAGCCUUUAUUGCAGAUGUGUUUAGUGGCACCCACUCUCUUCACUUUUUGAAAGGGCUGGAAGAGGGCAAAGCGCUUUGUCCAUGAAGGAGCCCAGUUUCCUGGAUGGAGAGAGCUCUGUCCAGCCUCUCACCACUGCCAUGUUCCCACCUGCGGUUUCUCUGUGGUCUCUAGCACGGGCUGGGGGCCCUCGCUGCCUUUGGAGGGGUGCUACUAGUCCUGAUGGUUUGACUCCGCCUCCUUCUCUCCUCUUUUCCCUUUUCUAAGUCUGCGUCUUUGCCAUUACAGCAAGAACUUCCAUGCAAUCCAAAAUGAUCACUGUAGUCUAUGAUCUUCUGGGAAGAAAAACUGCCUCCAUCACUCCCUAUUUCAAGAGGCACUGGUGGUCGAAGCGGAAAGGGUGGAAAUUAGGUACUGGAUUGAUGUCAGAACCCACAUUUUUGAAAGUCAAGUAUUACUAAAUUAUUAUUUUUUGUAUAAUCAAAGAAGGAGGGGUACAAUCUGAGAGAGGAGGUUAAAAAAACAAAACAACACUCCAGAUUCCCCACGAUUUUUUUUUUUUUUUUUUUUGGUCUUUAGGAGUGUUAUUUAGAAAUUUUGCUUUGGCACCAGUCAGAUUUCCAGAGUUUCUGGAUUUAGGUUUCUUGCAUUGAGGGCUCAAAGCUUUUGGUGUUCAGAGUCUCUCAGGAAAGGUGAUAAUGAAACUUCACUGUUGCUGCUGGUGUAUUUGUUCUUUAGUCCCUGGUGACCACAUUUUCCACCCUGUGAGCCCUGAGGCCCAGGGUGCUGCAGCCAGUGUCACCAGAGCAGUAGGGUGUCCAGGCCCCCAGCAGAGGAGGGGGCAGAGAAGGGACCACUGCGAUUAUCCGUACCUCCUUCUUUCUUAUCCCUUGUGUCAAGCCUGUUACUGCCUUAGGAUUCUGAGGAAUAAUUAGAUUUAUUUAUUACUUUAUUUAUUUUUAAAGCACAUUUCAUUUUGCCUUGGAAACAGUUUCCGUCUGUUUCUCAGAAGGCUUCCAUCUGCUGUGAGCCAUUGAGGGCACCUCUUCUGUGGAGUUAAAGCUGACGAUUUCAGGAGGAGUGGGGAAGGGCUGAUGUUGCACUCCUGCAGGUCAGUCCUGUGAUGCUUUGGGAGGAGUCCGCCCCUUCUCAGACGGACGGGUUACGCCAGCUUACCCCGGCACUCCCUGUUAGGAAUUCUAGAUUGUGAGGGGAUCUGCCCAUUUGCCCCAGAUUGUGCAGAGGACUUGACUAGCCAACCAGAGGCAUCCUGUGAUUCUAGGACUUCAAAGUCCUUUGCCUACUCUGAGGAGUCAGCUUCUUCACGAUGUGUCCUUUAGCUCAUUCAUUCCUUGUGUGGGUGCCUCACACCAAGCCUUCCCUCUGCACAGAAGCAGAAUCUCAAAGAACAGGGCUUCUCACAAUAGAUCUGUAGUGGCACCUACGUUAUGAACAAAAGGGCGUUACAGCCGCACCUUCUGUUCCUCUAGGGGCAAAGCCCCAAGUAGGAGAGGAUGCUGUGGACCACCAUAGCAUCCCCAUCCUCUGAGCGGCCUCAUACCUCCAUUAUUUUAUAUUUGAGUGCAUUUUAUAGAGGAUUAUACUGGCCCAAAUUUAUAUACCCUGUAAGAAGUUAGAAAUUAUUUUAGUGACUGCCUAUUUGGGCAGUGAAAGCAAACUUGCUGUGCGUCAUCCCAUCUGGUAGCCGUAUGACUGCUCUUUUCAUCACUGAAGUUGAAUCAUGCCUUAGCUAAUUGAAUAGAAUCUUUAUAAAAUAAUUUUCUACUGAGCUGUUCUCCAGUCAGCUAAAGCCUGGCUUAUUUUUCCUGUUUAUUAUUAACUUCUGACUUUCUCUUAAAAUGGAGCUGUCAGGCCAUUGGAAGCUCCCUGGGAUAACAUUUAUUGUUGUUUAUUUUUGCCAUCAGAGCCUGUACUUAUUUUCUUUGGAAUCCUAGUUCUGUGGCAUCAGGGAAGCCUGAGGGACUUGUUCCCAUCGCCUCUGUGUGCCUCUUAUUGUCUGGUCACUUUUGAAGUCCUGGACAUUGUUACAUUUCAUUCUGUACUGGUGUUUCAUUAACAGUCAGUGCUUCUUUGAUCCAUUCACAAAAAAUAGGUAAAUUAAUUCACCAUCUAAUUAAUUCACUAUCCUGUAUUAAGUAUCUGAAAUUAUUGAACUUUAGGGACAAAAUAUUACUUACCGAACACAGGUAAUUACUGAGAAUUUCAUAGUCCACCAGACCCUAAGAGGUAUCACUUCCUUAGUCUCUCCCUGUCUGAGUUUACAGAACCAAACAAUCAAAUGAAAAUCGUUGCUUUCACCUUCACCCUCUUCUUUAGAGGAUAAAUAAAUAUUAACAUACAAUGGAAAGAAGGUACUUCACAGUAGGAGAGAGACUGGAAGUCUCUCCACAGAGUGGCUGAGUUCUUAAGUUUCUUCAGUUUGUUUAGUUUUGCUACUUUGUUGAGAGACAGGGCUUUUAGAAAGUUUAGAGUAUUAAUUUUUCCCAACAUUUUAUUUUGAAAAAUUUUCAGCAAACAAAAUUUAAAAGAGGGCUUCCCUGGUGGCGC